UCGACAUUUGUAAAUGAUCAGGUGAUCAAAUGGGAAGGUAGCCCAUUCUCUUCCUCCGAAUCUUCAAUUUGCUUCACCGGUCAAAUUACUGUGUUUCUUGACCCGUCGAUACCAAAUAUUCAUAACGUGAAUGAUAUGUCAUCCCCGAUUUCUUCCGCCGACACACGGUCCUCCCAUAUUCAUCCUGAGGCCCGCCGAAGGAAAUUACGCAAAGGCACAUUUAGCUGCUGGGAAUGCAAGCGGCGGAAGAUAAGAUGUAUUCUUGAUCCAAACAGGGACUCCCGGAUCUGCAAUGGUUGCCGCAAUAGAGGUACACGGUAUAUUAGCCAGGCGUUUCCGGGCCCGGAGGAUGUUGCUCCGCAUGGCUUAGCACGGAACAGCUGUGGCAGUACCGUUGGCGAUCGCUACUCGCCCCUAUCUAGAGACGACUAUAGCAUUCCUACACCAGCAUCCUUAUCCACAGAACCCACCCACGCUUUUGCUUUUUAUCAGGCCUCUAACGAAACAGCGACCAUAUAUACUGCCAGUCGUCAUCCCGCCCUCCUUUCUCAUGAGAUUAUGAUCAUGCCAUAUAUGGCUCUUGAAAAGGAUGGCAUUAGAAGAACUACAGCCUUAUUAGAGAUUCCUUAUAUGGAUGCGCAUCCGGUGCUCAUCGCGAAAUAUAUGCUCCUCCUCGCUAGCCUACUCCAGUUAUUACAUAUAGAGCAAAAUGAUCAUACCAGUCAAGUCGAAAGGCACUCGGGGCCUCCUCAUGCUAUUAUGGUUAAAGGUCUCUCAGAACCUCCACGUGUUAUCAUGGAACGGCUAGUAAAUCUGACAGUUAAACUGGUCACUACUAAUGACGAGCUUCUCGGCAGUCUGGAAGGGCUAGAGUAUAUCAUGAUUGAGACUCUAUACCAAUCGAAUAUUGGGAACCUGCGACGCGCUUGCAUAUCAUGUCGUAGAGCUUUCCGCAUAGUGUUUAUGGAUCGAUAUCUUAGUCUUAUGCUGGGUACGUCAGAAGGAUGUCUUAAUCGCAACAUUGCCUCUGACGCAAUGCUGGCAGGCGCUACCCCUAUAGGACGCCUUAAAAGAAUUCAUUACGAAAUUGCGUCUUAG